CAAAUAUUCAGUGCCGCGCCACAGAAAUGAACUGAAGACACACUUGGGGAUCUUUCUGGAGAACAUCUGACACCUGAAAAGCAUGGGUCUGCAGAGGAGAGGAGGUCCCAAGAUGGUGCUUGGCCUGGUCGUGUGCGUUUGUGCCUUGUAUAUGACGACGGCAGCGUUUGAGAUCCCACUGGAAGUCGAGCAGCUGCCCACCAUCACCGAGCAGUCUCCCAACUCCCUCAUCGCUUUCCCUUUUGACGAGAGCUUUUCCGUGACGUGUGAAGCCAAAGGGAAUCCUGCGCCAGAAUUCAGAUGGACAAAGAAUGGGCAAGAAUUCGACCCUUUUCAAGACCCCAGACUCAUGAAAGAGGAGAAUUCUGGGACUUUUGUUAUACCCAAUAAUGGAAACCUUACUGAGUACCAGGGCACGUACCGCUGCUAUGCCUCCAACAAGCUCGGGACUGCCAUAUCAGGGGAGAUCGAAUUCAUUGUACCUCAUGUCCCAAAGUUUCCGAAAGAAACAAUCGAACCUCUAAAAGUGGAUGAAGGACAAGCUUUUAUAUUAAAAUGUGACCCACCCAAAGGGAUCCCUCCUCUGCAGAUCUACUGGAUGACUAUCAAUCUCCAACACAUAGAGCAGGAUGAGCGUGUGUCCAUGGGGUUGAAUGGAGACCUGUACUUUGCCCACGCCGAGGAGAAGGACAGCAGAAGAGAUUACUGCUGCUUCGCCGCCUUUCCCAGGAUCCGCACUAUUGUUCAGAAGACCGCCAUGUCAGUCAAUGUCCAGACAAAUAAAGCUAAAAGUGGCGUAUUUCCAGAUGCAGCAAAUGCAAUCCGUGAGAGAAUGCCCUCUCUUCUGACGCCCCCUGGUGUCAAAUCUGAGGUAGUGCUGGUCAAAGGAGAGGACCUGAAUUUGGAGUGUAUUGCUGAGGGAUUUCCAACGCCACAGGUUGAGUGGUUUAAAAUAGGACAUGAACUUUCUGAAAAAGCCUCAGUGGAGAAUCAUGGGAAAUUGUUAGUGGUCUCCAGAGCUGAGCAGGAGGACAGUGGGAAGUACAUGUGUAAGGCCAAGAACGCACUGGGAGAAGCUGUGCAUUACUUCACAGUCACAGUGGAAGAACCUCCAGAGUGGGUGUUUGAGCCGGAGAGUCAGCUCAGCAUGGUUGGAUCAGACGUGAUCUUAAAGUGCUCCGCCAGUGGGACCCCUCAGCCCACUGUAACAUGGAGAGUGAACGGAGAAACUCUCAGUGAGUCCCCUUUGCCCAACAGAAGAGUUUUUGGCGACACGAUAGUCCUCCACAACGCCAAGGAGUCUGACAGCGCGGUGUACCAGUGCGAGGCGUCUAACAAACACGGCAGCCUGCUGGUUAACGCAAACGUCAUGAUUAUGAAUCUUCCUCCCACAAUUUUGACCAGUGAGGGAGAAGAUUACUCAGCCGUGGAGGGGAAGGGGGUCAUUAUGCACUGCAAAGUGUUCAGCUCUCCUCCAUCUACCAUCACCUGGAGCAGAGACGACUCGUUUGAAUCUGUUCAAGGCCCUCGCUUCUCCAUUCACGACAACGGCUCUUUGGAGAUCUAUGAAACCGACAAGGAAGACGCGGGACAGUACACGUGCUACGCCAAGAACGUUGAAGGAAAUUCCGCUAUAGAUGCUCGGCUCUUCGUAAAAGAUCCCACAAGAAUAGUGGUGGGCCCAGAGGAGCAGCAGAUCUUAAUAGGUACCACGGCGCAGCUCUCGUGCCUGGCAGAGUACGACAAGUCCUUCAGCAAUGACUUUGAGCUCCUGUGGGAAAAAGAUGAUAUGGAGAUAGGUCUGAACUACACUGAGACAAGCAGAUACUUAGUGGAGGAGGGAGUUCUUCAUAUUAUCAACGUGAGCCACGGGGACCAGGGUCUGUACAGAUGUGUGGCCAGGACACCGCUCGACCAGGACGCGGCGUCGGCCUGGCUCAUUGUCCUGGACGUCCCCGAUGCACCUGAAAGCCUGGUCCUGUCUGAACACAAGGGGAGAAGUGUGAAACUCAAAUGGAUCCCUGGGGACGAGCACAACAGCUCCACAACAGAGUUUAUUAUCCAGUUCGAGGAGAGUCAGUGGGAGCCGGGGAAAUGGAAGGAGCUGCUCCGAGUACCAGGGAAUGUUCACUCCUCCCUGCUCAAGCUCCACGGUCACGUCGACUACCGCUUCAGAGUGGCGGGUGCGAACGCAGUCGGGUGGGGGCCCUACAGUGAGCCCACGGAGAGAUACAAAACCCCGUCUGAAGCACCUGACAAGAACCCUGAAAAUAUCAAAAUCGAAGGUCAUUUGCCACAUGAAAUGGAUAUCAACUGGGAGCCUUUAUUACCCAUAGAACACAAUGGGCCCGGGUUGGAGUACAAGGUGAGCUAUAGGCGGCAGGAUAUUGAGGGGGACUGGCAUGAACACAUCGUGAAGCGGCAUUCCUUUGUGGUGAAGAACACGCCGACGUUUGUCCCUUAUGAAAUCAAGAUCCAAGCCAAGAACAACCAAGGCUGGGGACCCGAGCCCAAGAUUGUGACGGGAUACUCAGGAGAGGACUUUCCCUCAGCUGCUCCGGACGAUGUUGCCGUAGAGGUGAUGAACGGCUCAGUGGUCAAGGUUAGCUGGGCGCCUGUGCACAAGGACAAGUUACAUGGACAUCUGGGCGGCUACAGGAUAAACUGGUGGCGUCUGCGCAGUCUGGUCGAUUCAAAGAAACAACACGGCGACAAACACACUCUGGCUGUCCCGGGGGAGAAGACUCAUGCCACGAUACCUGGCCUCACCCCUUUCUCCGAGUACAGCCUCAUCGUCAUGACCUUCAACGGCAGGGGCAACGGUCCCGGCAGCCACCCCGUCAACUUCAAAACCCCAGAGGGAGUCCCAGAGAAGAAUCCCGUGUUCAGGGUCAUGGACGUACAGAAGCACAGUGUGUCUUUGGCCUGGGCCCCGCCGCUGGAGCCGAAUGGGAUUCUCACGGGAUACCUCCUGGAAUAUCAGCUGAUAAACGACACAGAAGAAGCUGGCCCACUGCAGACCGUUGACAUCAGCACCCCAGACACCACCAAAUGGCUGCUGCGGGACUUGGAGGCUGUGAGCAAAUACAAGUUCUACCUGCGCUCCUGCACCACCAUGGGCUGUGGUCCCAUCGUCAGCGAGGAGUGCACCACGACUCUGGAAGCAAGUCUGGCCAGUAUCCACGGAGGAAUCUCCACUCAGGGCUGGUUCAUCGGGCUCAUGUGUGCCAUUGCCCUCCUCACCCUUAUUGUGCUGGUCGCCUGCUUCGUCAACAGAAACCGAGGCGGAAAAUACUCGGUGAAAGAAAAAGAAGACCUUCACCCAGAUGUGGAAUCCCAGGGCAUGAAUGAUGACACUUUCUGUGAAUACAGUGACAACGACGAGAAGCCACUGAAGGGCAGCAAGCUCUCACUGUGCGGAGACAUGAAGGGCGGGGACAGCGGGGACAGCCUGGUGGACUACGGGGACGAGGAGGGGCAAUUCAACGAGGACGGCUCCUUCAUCGGGGAGUACGCGGGACGCAAGGAGAAGAGGGUGUCCGCCGAGGUCAAGUCCAACGCCCAAACCCCAGCGUGAGGCAAUCUGCUGGGGUGUAACUGCAGACAUUGUACCCCAUAGCGAGCACAAACGCGGUGUCAAAUGUAACGCAUCAUCGCCGACCGCCAUCCUCGUUUUAUACACAACCUACUUUUGUCAAGUUGCGAGUUGGCUAUUACUUAUCAAGUUAGCCCAGGAUUGAAUUUAAAGGCACGUUAUGUAACUAUCCGGAUGGAGGGUCCACCACAUCGAGACAUACGAGUGGCUCUUUUCUCCACCAGAAAUGUUACGUAGUGCGCCUUUAAGAAGGUCUAUGAAACACUUGAGGCGAUGGGAAACUUAUUCUCCGCUGAAGGUAAUUGUAAAUGCAUUGGAUGUUUGAAGCAGAUGGAUCGGAUGUUGAUGAAAUGACCUUGUACAAAAUGAAAAAUAAGUAUAAAUUGAAGUUCACUUUUUUAUUCUAGUAAAUAAUAGUAUUUUAUGUGAUAUUACAUAGGCGUUGGUCCAGGUGCCCUCCCAGAGUCGGCUCUCUCCAUUUCUAUAUCUAUAUAUCUGUGUGCGAAAGAUUUGUUAAAAAAACAACCUAAAAACAAAAAAUAAAUAAAAAAAAUAGACAGUUUUUUCCAGGAUUGAGUAUACUUGAAUGAUUUGUAUCGUUAGCUGGACAUGUUUUCCAUGGGUUUGACUGAAUAAAAUGUUUAAACUGUCAUAACUAACCAAAAGACCAGGCUACAAAAGACUUUCGUUUACAUGAUUUUUCACCCUCCAAAAACAAAAUAAAGUCAUCUCUGAAUAUUAACAUUAUAAUUUGAUCCUGUUACUGCGCCGUAUUUAGACUGAACCCUUGAUUAACAGUUACCUAUCGUAGAGAAUAAGUCCCAAAUUCCUGACCUCCUUUUAAAAGAUCCUGGACUAUCCCUUUAAUGCUGUAUAUAUAGUGUAUAUCUAUGUGCAGAGUGUUUUCUGUUUGUUUUUGUUGAUUAUAAUUAUACUUUUUCAUUGCCAAUUCUUCAGAACUUCUGUAAGUACCAUGUUUGUCGACUGUCAUUCCGACCGCACAGGUUUUCUCUGAUUUCAUCUUGUAACAGCCGGAAAAGGCAGGGAACCCCCCCCUCCCCUCACUGAUGUAUGCAUUCAAUAUGACUUAUGAUGUUUACAAAGGAGGACUAUUAACUUAUUUUUGCUGAGGUUUUAUACCGGACGAGUAACAAAGAACUGUCCGUAUUCUCACAUAUCAUGCACAAUGUACUUUUCUAUUAUGUUAGAUACAAUUAUGACUUAUUUUAGCAUCAAUUACGUGGCAGUACGUUUAAACUUAUGUUAGAUUUAUGCAAAGUAUAGUGAGUAAAACACAAAAUGUACCUUUGGACUGCUCCCUUUCGCUCAGGGGAUUCUCAAAUAGUCAUAAAAAGUGCUUUCCAUCUUUCUUUUAUGUUUCGUUUUUCACAAUAUGCCCUUUUUAAAUUUGUCUCCAGAGUCCAGACGUGGGAGUGUUUUGUUUUGUUUUGUUUUGUCUUGAUACUAUGGAAUUUUCCUCUACCAAAUGCAGACUAAUUUACAAAUUAUUUUUAAAAAGAAGAGAUCAAAAAAUCAUAGGGCCUUGAUUAUAUUUAGUACAGUGUUAGCAAUUUUCUACUUAACCUUUAAAAUUUGCAAAUUUUGGAGAUGAAAAAUGAAAACGUGUGACUUUCCUCGUCGAUCUUGUAACGCGAUUUUACACAAUUUUGUAUACUUAUAUGUCAUUGUGUCGUUUUCCGCCAACGCGAGUCCUUCAAAACAGAUUAAUUUGGUCUCUUAAGGGCUGCGAGCAACAAAUAUCCCAUCACUCAACGCUGAAAUAAAGGAUAAUCAGAGUCCAAACCCCUUUUCUCAUCACGUCAUUUUAAAAAACGUUUGUACGAUGACGCGUCUGCUGUGCUGUCAAAACACGCCGCCAUAUUUGAUCACCGCUAAACUGAACCUUGUGGUGAAUCUUGUAUCAGUGUAACCUCAGUCCUAACAAGCCUUACUCGGUCCACUGUACUGCCAUCUGCUCUAAAGCUGUGCGACGGUGCCCAGCCUCUGUGUUUUCUAAGGAUUCUGCCUCAUUGCAUGUGGAUAAUGUUACUUGGUGUUUUUGAUGUCAUUAAAUUGCUUUACUUUCUUA